AACGUUACCCUUGGUUUCCGUUGUUGUGAGUCUUGUGACUCAUGUUUGACAUUUCAGCUCGGAGAUAGAUUAUCUGUGUGUGUGUGAGAGAGAGAGAGAGAGCAGAUUCCUGAGAAGAACCCUUCUUCUGGUUUCUGAACAAAAUGGUGGCGAAAACCCCCACGAAGCAGACAAAAAUGGCAGCUCCUCUGAAUCCAAAACCCUUGAGAGAAAUAGUAAGAAAGGUGGAUCAAUGCAUGGCCCGACUUCAGGAACUCCAAUACACGGUUUCAGGCGGAACUAAAGUGAUCUCUGGGGUAAGCCUCAGUCCUCGCAGUACAAGGGGGUACCUGAAGACCAGUCUUAGAUGCAAGCAAGAGUCUCUGAGGUUAAAGAACGGUGCUGCUCGAAAAUCUCCGGUGGGAAAAUUUCAAGGAAGUACUAUAGGGGAAUGGCGCCGGAUGUCAUUGCCCGCAAUGCUGGUCCAAGAGACAGUCGGGGAGAUCCUGCAGGCAAGUCGAUUUGCAAGGGAAGUAGUCUCAGCUGUUGCUACUCAUAACAAGCAAACUGCCUCUGAUGAUCCCAAAACUCCUGUAACCGACCGAAGAAACCCCCAGAGAUCACAUCCUGAAAGCAUGGAGCUCCGGACUCGGAGGAAGAAAGAGAAGCAAACCGCUCUACAGUCAAUCCGGUCAGAAGUGAAUACCCCAGGCCCUCGGAGGGCUCGAUCACGUAUCAAUUUCAAAGUUUCUUCACCUCCAAGCAGAAGAGAAGUGGGGAAAGAAAAUUGGCACAUUGCCCACCGGCUAUCUCCCAAGAACAGACCUUGGGCCAAAAAGACUGUUCUCUUUCCAAACCCACUAUUUCUAUCUUCUCCGACGUCCAAACAGCGCAAAUUCUGCAAAACAAGGUCUCCUGUGAUAGCUAGAACCCGGCAAACUCCACAUAAAUUCUUGAUCAAAUCUCCUGUCAAGGUAAAGAAUAUGCCCAUUUCUCUGUCUCCUGUAAGAUCCACCAGUCUUGGCAAGAUGUCAUCACCAAAGGUCUCGACGGUGUCUAAGCUGCGAAGGUCAUUCUCACCAUCGAGGCUGGCCAACAGAUUCGUGUCUCCAUUGAAGAGCAGGAUGUCAGCACAAAAGAAUGGUGUACUAAUGAGCGGAUUAAAACAACGACCACCUUCUACACCAAUGAGAUUCUGAGUGGAGAAUUUGAUUGGAACCCCCCGUUAAAUCAUUCCACAUUUGAUUGUUAAAUGAUUUCAAGCAAGAUAUUUCCUCGAUGUCCAUAUUUGAUUUGUUCCAUUUUGAUGUAAAAGUUUGAGGUAUAGCAUCAUUAAUUAAUUAUUUAAUAAUUAUUACAAGUUUGCCCUUCUAACAAUGGAAUUAAUUAA